AGGGAAUUCACAUGGCUUUAAACUAGCAAAAACUCAAACUUAAUCACGAGACCUGAUAAUAAUGUGUCAGAUGAAACUGACAAUUUCCCGCUCUAACUAGUGAUCGCACUAUAAAUACCAUUGCUAAAUCAUACCCAUUUUUAGAACUUUCCUCAUUUCUUUGGAUAAGUAAGCUAGAAAGAUUAUAUCAUGAAGCUCAUCAUAUUAUUUCUGAUGUUUGCUGCAGCAGCAUGUGGUCCAACAGUUUACUCACCAUUUGAUUCUGAACUGAAUGAAUUUUGGGAAGCUUUUAAGCUAAUUUUCAAUAAAUCAUACAACUUGAAAGAAGAAUUAUCUAGACGGCUUAUUUGGGAACAAAAAAUAGCAGAUAUUGUUCGACAUAAUCUUCACGCAGAUUUAGGUAUUCACUCUUACAGGCGAGGAAUCAACAAAUUAACAGAUUUGAAACCAGAAGAGUAUAAAAGACUGAAUGGCUAUCGAGGUCAAAGUAAUUCCAUCGGGAAUGCAACUACCUGGUUAUCGCCCAUGAACGUAAACAUUCCUGAAAGUAUAGACUGGAGAGCAAAAGGAUAUGUCACCGAAGUUAAAGAUCAGAAACAAUGCGGCUCUUGCUGGGCAUUCUCAACAACUGGAUCUUUAGAAGGACAACAUUUCAAAAAAACUGGAAAACUCGUUUCUCUAAGUGAACAAAAUCUCGUCGAUUGCUCACAUGACGAAGGAAACUACGGCUGCAAUGGCGGUUGGAUGGAUCAAGGAUUCCAAUAUGUUAAAGUAAAUCAUGGUAUUGACACUGAAAAAUCUUACCCAUAUGAAGCUGCAGAAAAGAAUUGCCACUUCAGAAAAAGAGAUAUCGGCGCCACUUGCACUGGCUACGUAGAUCUGCCUGAAGGAGAUGAAGAAGCACUAAAGAAAGCUGUAGCCACUGUUGGUCCUAUAUCGGUGGCUAUAAACUCUGCAGGAGACUUCGGCUCUUAUUCGAGUGGAGUAUAUGAUGUCACCUUCUGUCCAAACACAAUAGCUGACCUCACUCAUGGCGUCCUUGUUGUAGGUUAUGGGACUGAAGGAGGAAAGGACUAUUGGCUUGUGAAAAAUAGCUGGGGACCUUCUUGGGGUGAGAAUGGAUACAUUAAAAUGGCCAGAAACAAAAACAACCAAUGUGGAAUCGCUACAAAAGCUAGUUAUCCAUUAGUCUAAAUUUAUUAUGACUUUCUUUUCGGGUCGUUUGUACAUAAAUCAUCUUUAUGUCAUUUCAAUGCAUUAUGUUUUUAUUUUUGUUUUUAAUAAAAAUGAAUUAAGUUUUUUUUAUAGUU